CCUAACCCUUUUUCUCCACAAAACACACACCAACAACAUUUCCAUAUUCUUUCUAUUCUUUUCUUCAUUCUUGACCUAUGGCACCCUUUGAUCAAACCAAUGAUAGCUUUUGCACCAUUACUACUCAUCAUGACCCACUUAAUUGGGGUUUGGCGGCUGAUUCUCUCAAGGGAAGCCAUCUCGAUGAGGUGAAGCGCAUGGUCGAGGAGUAUCGGAGGCCCCUUGUCAAGCUUGGUGGUGAAACACUUACUAUAUCUCAAGUGGCUGCCAUUGCUACUCGAGAUUCUAAUGUUACUGUUGAGCUUUCUGAGUCUGCUAGAGCUGGUGUUAAGGCUAGUAGUGAUUGGGUUAUGGAGAGCAUGAACAAAGGGACCGAUAGUUAUGGUGUUACUACUGGGUUUGGUGCUACUUCCCAUAGAAGGACCAAACAAGGUGGUGCUCUUCAGAAGGAGUUGAUUAGAUUUUUAAAUGCUGGAAUUUUUGGAAGUGGAGUUGAGUCUGAUCAUACUUUGUCCCAUUCAGCUACGAGAGCGGCCAUGUUGGUGAGGAUCAAUACUCUUCUUCAAGGCUACUCGGGUAUUAGAUUUGAGAUUUUGGAAGCCAUUACCAAACUCUUGAACCAUAAUAUCACUCCAUGCUUGCCUCUUCGUGGAACCAUUACUGCUUCUGGUGAUCUUGUUCCUCUUUCUUACAUUGCUGGAUUGCUCACUGGCCGAUCGAAUUCUAAAGCUGUUGGUCCAAAUGGAGAACGUCUUAAUGCAAAGGAGGCUUUCCAACAAGCUGGUAUUCCAUCUGGAUUCUUUGAGUUGCAACCUAAGGAAGGGUUGGCUCUUGUCAAUGGCACUGCCGUUGGUUCUGGAUUGGCUUCUAUUGUUCUCUUUGAGGCAAAUAUUUUGGUUGUUUUAUCCGAAAUUUUGUCUGCCAUCUUUGCUGAAGUUAUGCAAGGCAAGCCUGAAUUCACUGACCACUUGACACAUAAGUUGAAGCACCAUCCUGGUCAGAUUGAGGCGGCUGCAAUUAUGGAACACAUUUUAGACGGGAGUUCUUACAUGAAAACGGCCAAGAAAUUACAUGAAAUGGAUCCUCUCCAAAAGCCCAAGCAAGAUCGCUACGCCCUUAGAACUUCACCCCAAUGGUUGGGUCCAUUGAUUGAAGUUAUUCGAUUCUCUACAAAGUCUAUUGAGCGGGAGAUUAAUUCAGUCAACGAUAACCCUUUGAUUGACGUUUCAAGAAACAAGGCUUUGCAUGGAGGUAACUUCCAAGGAACUCCAAUUGGAGUCUCCAUGGACAACACUCGUUUGGCUAUUGCUGCAAUUGGAAAGCUCCUUUUUGCUCAAUUUUCAGAGCUUGUCAAUGAUUUCUACAACAAUGGGUUACCCUCAAAUCUCUCUGCAAGCAGAAACCCGAGUUUGGAUUAUGGAUUUAAAGGUGCUGAGAUCGCCAUGGCUUCCUAUUGCUCUGAACUUCAAUACCUAGCAAAUCCUGUAACUAGUCAUGUCCAAAGUGCUGAGCAACAUAAUCAAGAUGUCAACUCUCUUGGUUUAAUCUCAUCGAGGAAAACAGCUCAGGCAAUUGAUAUUUUGAAGCUCAUGUCUUCCACUUUUUUGGUUGCUCUUUGCCAAGCAAUUGACUUGAGGCAUUUGGAAGAAAACUUGAAGUAUGUAGUGAAGAGCACGGUAAGUACAGUGGCCAAGAAAGUUCUCACCACAAGUGCUAAUGGUGCACUUCACCCAUCAAGAUUUUGUGAAAAAGAUUUAUUGAAAGUGGUCGAUAGAGAAUACACAUUUGCCUAUGUUGAUGAUGCAUGCAGUGCCACAUACCCAUUGAUGCAAAAACUAAGACAAGUUCUUGUUGAACAUGCUUUGGGAAAUGGUGAAGAUGAGAAGAACGAAAGCACUUCAAUUUUUCAAAAGAUUGGAGUCUUCGAGGAGGAAUUGAAAGCCAUCUUGCCGAAAGAAGUAGAAAAUGCAAGAUUGUCCUAUGAAAAUGGAACGUCUAUUAUUGAAAACCAAAUUAAAGAAUGCAGAUCUUAUCCACUAUACAAGUUUGUGAGGGAGGAGUUGGGAACUGGAUUGUUGACCGGAGAGAAAGUGAUAUCUCCGGGUGAAGAGUGUGAAAAGGUAUUUACAGCUCUUUGCCAAGGAAAGAUGAUCGAUCCAAUUUUAGAGUGUUUGAAGGGGUGGAAUGGGGCUCCUAUCCCCAUCUGCUAGCAGUGGUUCUACGGAACCAAGGAUCCAACGGUUUCAAUUUACUGGUGAUGAAAAAAACAAGCCCUUAGCUUUAUUUAUUUGGUUUUGUUUUCUUUUUUCUUUUUUCUAAUUUUAAUAUACGUCAAUGUGUAAUAUUUGGGAAAAUUUGUCCUAAUUAAUAUUCAACAUAAAUUUCUUAUAA